CCGACUUCUUCAGGAGGACCACGUGGCCCGUCCGAAACAGUGACAGUGGGUACUCGACAGUGGGUGCGUGAGAGUCGACGACGCGCGCUCCCGUGGUGUCUUCCCUCGCAGAUUUGUUGACUCGCUCGGACGGAUCGUAACACUCGCCCUUCGGAACAAACGGCCCUUCGGGAAGCAAAACAGGCGAAUGAUCGAACGUGUCUAUCCCGCGAUACCGGUGCAUUUUUCGCCGAGGUGAUAACCGUCACGGCGCCAAGAUAAACGGGAUGGACAGAAUGACUCGUUGCGACGAAGAAUCUUCUCUGCAGUCUCUGCCACCGAUGCACCCGGGUCAAUCAACUCACGCCACCGUCGUCACCUCUAUGUCUCCUGUGACGCCGAUCCUGGCAACGUGUGUUGUCACCGCCACCAACAAGGUCACUGCCACUGCUACCAGUUCUACCCAUGUGCCAGGUACUGGAUCAGCUGAUAGCCCUACUACCACCUCGCCGCCGUCUUCGCUGGACUCCCGUAUACCGAGGCCAUCGCCGUCGGCUCUGCGCCGCGCCGCGAGUUUGCGCUUGCGCGGCGAACGUCUACCUCCACAUCAUCCGCGAGCCACCACCGCCGCGGCAGCCAGCACGGCCCUGGUCGGCCACCAACACCAUCCCCGUCGUCACAACCACCUCCUGCAGUCGCCGCAGCAGCAUCAACAUCCGGAUCAUUGUCUCUUCCCGGUCAUCACGGAGAAUGGAACCGACUCGCCACGACAACGAUCCUUCAGUCUCUCACUGACACCGGUGAGGCCGCGGCCAGGUCACGCGGCCUCUGGGGGAACUCCAGCGGGAGUCAACGAUGACAGUGAUGUCGAGAGCGUGAAGAGUUAUAGCAGCGCUUGCAGCACAGCGAGCGCCUGCGAGCAUGCCUCCUUUGCGUUGAAUGGCACCACCUGGUCUGGUCGAUCGCGAAAAUAUGUCGUGCAUUGUUCAAAUUAUGUUGGCGACAGCGAACAGUACCUUACGCCUACUCAGAGAGCGGCUAAACAAGUCCGAAAGUUUCAGGCUCUAUUGAAGGAGGCACGUAAAGAGAUUGAUGAAAAGGAUCGGGAAAUCUUGCGUUUAACAAAGGAGGUUGUAGAAUUGAGGUUGUACAAGGCUUCUCUAAACAGUCCAGAUGAGCGAACGGAUAGCAGCGACGCUCUCACAGUGCGCGAGAACAAUCCCUUCUCGCCGGAGUCGCCGAGCAAGGAUCUUCCCGAUGAAGGCGCCGCGGAGAAAGCCAGCCCGGAAGCGCUGGAGAAGCGUGUGCACACGGAUCUGCCCUCGUCAUUAGCCGAUUCCGGACACUUCGAAGAUGGUUCCGUCCAUUCGAAAGACUCCGUAUGUCUGCCAGAGUCGCAACCGGAGAUUACUGUUAGCACGUGCAGUAAUACUAUAUCCAACGACAUUGUUUCUGAUACGAAUUCUGUAACGCCAACGAGUGAAGUAGAACGAGAUGAAGAGAGACGUCGAUUAGUAGUUAGUCAUUAUGAAAGUAGAAUCGACGAUAUGCAUAGGCGGCAUGUUGACGAGCUGCAGGAGUUAAAACAGAAGCACAAUGACAAGGUGGAAAGCUUGUUGAAUCAAUUGUCUGAGGUUAAUACUCGUUACUGUGAAGUGCGGCCGGCUAUGGAUAUCGCCGAAGCUCGCGUGCGUGAAUUAGAAACGGAAUUAGAGGCUGUGAAAACUGAGCUUAUUGAGCAGAAGACGCUUUUGAGUGAUCAGGAAGAAAGAAAUAAGCAAAUGUACCUGAAAAUGUAUGCCAAAGGUCAAGAAGCUGCGCGCAUUGAACAAGCUGAUCAGAUAUUCGUACAAGCACAUCAAUCACCGUCUAAAGUCACCGUCGCAGAAUUGCUUCAACAACUAACUGUUACACAAGCUGAGUUAGAGAAUAUUAAGGACACAAGCUACUCGCCUGAACCUCACAUUUCAGCCGAACAUAGCCAAAGUUUAUUAAGCGCUCAGGAGGCUGUUUCUCUCUGGGUCCUUGGCACACGUAAGGCAAUGUAUAGGCGUAUUGUAGAGGCGAGAAGCAGCCAGGGUACACUCGAUCCGGAAAUUACUCUGCAGUUCCUAAAGUCGGCGAUCUACUAUUUCCUAACUGAUAAGGAGAAUCAACACGGUCACUUAAAUGCUAUUGAAAGUAUCUUGGGCUUCACAGAUGCGGAAAGACACAAUAUCGAUAGAUACUAUCGAUCAGGGAGAAAAUAAUAUUUUCUAAAAAUUUUCAAUCUAAAACAUUAUAUUAUUGACGAUUGGUGUUAUCCAAAUUAACGCCCGAAAAAUACGUCGUUUAGUUCUUUAGUAUCUUUUAAAAAGAGACAACCACAACAUUUUACCGCGUGCUCGAAACAUUUGUUUUAAACUUGAUGAAUAUUUGAAAUAUGUAUGUAUCACAAAAACAACUUGCUUCUCUCACCAAAAUUGCUAGCUAAUCCAUAAAAAUAUAUGCUGUGUAAUUUGUAAAUAUAGCUGGCAAUUUUUUAAGAGAUUGCCUUUAUACUUCUAUAUUUCAAAUUCUGGGAUGUAAUAGCAUAAAUUAUGUACAUAUAGCUUGGCUAGACUGAAAUUGUUUAUGACUGUAUGUGACAUCAGUGCUCUGCGAUGGCCAUGUAUUACAAAUUGAUAUCACGCAUAUCGCAUAACUUGCUCUAAAUUAUGCUCUAAAUUAGUAGAUAUAUAUAAAUAUCCUAGUUACAUUUGAGCAAAAUAUAUUAUCUAGUUAUUGCGAAUUUUACUCUUUCAAUGAUUAUUAUGCAUGUAUUGCAUUAUGAUACAAUAUUCCAAAAUUGGGCAAGAAAUAUGUGAUAUAUAUGUGACAACUAAGUUACUGGAAAGGAUUUGAAGUUGAGAACAUCUUUAUGUAAUUAUUUGAAAUGCAUGCCCAUCCUUAUACAAGUGUAAAAGUUGAAUCUAUCUUUCUCGUUAUUACGUACGGAUCCCCGAACAUAAAUAAAUUUAUUUAUAUAUAUUUACUUGUUAUACAAAUAAAAUAUAUAUAUAUAUCUAUAUACACAUAUAUCAGGAUAAGAAUUAUCAGAGUUUUUGUUCAUCUUUAAAAUUUUUAAGCAUGUACAAGAAAAUGAUUUUGAAGUAGCAAUGAAAGAGAAAUCAUUUAAUUGUACAUCUUUGCACAGUAACUCUGAAUCGUCCUGUAUAUACUAUUAUCUAUAUCAAAGCCUGGUGACAUGACGUCCAGAUAAGGUAAUAUUAUGGAGACUGAAGGAUAUAUCUUGCCUUUUUAUCUGCUCGUAGCUUCAAAUUAAGUAGGUCGUGACAAGUGCAACUUGUAGUGGACAUCAAUAAGCACACUUCCUAUAACUUAUCCUAAUUCUAAUUAUUCAUUUUUUUACAAGAUAUUUGUGUAUUUAAAUUAAAACCAAAGAAUAGUGGGACAGUUAAUUAUUGCGAAUGAAUACUUGAUUAUAAUUAAGUUUAAUACUUGGCACCAACUGGUUAAAAUUAUAUUUUUCGUUAUUGAAAUUCUGAACUUGUUCAGCGCAAUAUUGUAACAUUAGAUACAAAUAAUCUUUUUACCUUUUUAAAUAUUUAUUUUAUGAUCUAGAACUAGUAUAUUCAAUGAUUUAAAAGAAACAUGAGUAGAAACUAUAAUUUUUGUAGCACUAAGAUUUUUGUAAUUUUGAAUGACAUUAGUCUGAAAAAUGUACGUCUAAGGUGCCAAUAAGUACGAACGUUCAUAGCACAUACAAAGCGCUUCUUGAAGCAACAUUCUCUUAACAAGUGUUUUAUAUAAAUCAACAAAGAAACAGAAAUAUAUUGACAGUAAUCCACUAUAUCAAAACGUCCAAUGUCAACAAAAGAAUAUAGUUUCAUAUAAUGUAUAAAUGCGAUCACACAUUUAUCUAACUCCGAAAUUAUAGAUAAUGUUCUCAUUUUAUAUUAAAGUUCCUUUUAUGUGAAUGCUAGGCCUAAGUAAACUCGAUUAUAGAUAAAACUUGUAUGUCAUUCCAUCGAAAAUAACAAAAAAUGCUAAAAGCAUUUGACACUUUUUGAAUAGAUUGUGCGAUUUUAUUUCUGAUAUAGUAUUUCCCGCGAAUUCAAUUACAUACAAUGAUUCACGUUU